GGGAGAACGGUAGAACCACUUCCUGUUCCGGAAAUGAUUCAACUUCCGGUCUCGUGAACAUUUCAAUUUGAUCUCAAUCGAACUGUGAAAUAUUGGUUGCAUACAGCUGUAAUAACAUGGGGUCAGGACACCAUCGUUUAUUUCUGUUUCUCCGUCCUACAGUUUACAUUCUUGCUCUUAUAUCUGUGUUUCUUCUCUUGGUCUCCUCUAUUGAUGUAAAUGUACCUUUCCUAACACAAGAUAUAAUAGACAGUAGUUAUGACCCUCGUCCCACAAACCUGGAAAUGCAUUUACGCAAAUUGCGUGUUCAGCAAACCUGCAAAAAGUACGGUGAUGCUCUGCGGGCUCCUGAACUAGUUGGGAAAAAGAAUACUCUAAUCUGGGAUCUAAGGGAUGGAUUAAUCUACUGUAGAAUAGCAAAGCAUUCUAUCAGAACUAAUUUAAUCUCCCAGCUUUCAAAGAAGCAGAUGAAAGACAUUUACAAGAACUACCAGGUCGACUUUGAGAUGUUUAAUUACAAUAUGGAUAAAUACUUAGCUCUUGCCAGAUCUUAAACCAAUAAUAAUCAGAUGGACUGUGUCAAGUGACCCUACAUUUAAAAGAGAUUAGUAUGUUUGAUUCACAACAAUAUCCUUUGAACAUUUAUCUAUCAAUUUCCUCCAUUAUAUGAAGAAGAAAUAAAAAAGUCACUUUACAGAGAGAACACAAGAGCAGAUGGUGAAUUUCUCAUUCCUUUAUAAAAAGCGAGGUUUUUGGUAUGCAACAAUUUUCAUUUAAUCCCGCCGGGAUAUUUUCAUUGAAAGA